GAACCACGCACGUACUUCAGUUUCACAAUGGCGUCAAUGGUAACACGCAGUUCAAAGCGGAAACGUGGCGACGAAACGCAAAGCGACGACGAAGCCAUAGAGCUACUUCCAAAGCCACACCAAGAUAUAAGUGGUGCAGCAAAGUAUGUCCAGCAACUGAAAACGCCACCGAAAGCGGAAGAUGGCGAUGACAACGGCGAAGAAAUGGGGGAAGGAAAGGUUAAAGAACUAAACAAGGUUUUUAACGACUGCAUCCAUGGACACAUUGAAAUUCACCCUUUAUGUGUAAAGAUCAUAAACACUCCACAAUUCCAGCGCCUUAGAGACAUAAAGCAAUUAGGAGGAUGCUAUUAUGUAUUCCCAGGAGCUUCACAUAACAGAUUUGAACAUUCCAUUGGAACUUGCUACCUGGCCGGAAAACUUGUGGAGGGUUUGUGCAAACAUCAACCAAACCCGAAAAUCACACCUGAGGACGUACUCUGUGUGAAGAUUGCUGGGCUGUGUCAUGAUCUAGGUCAUGGACCAUUCUCACAUAUGUUUGAUGGAUUAUUUAUACCAGAAGCCAGACCUCGAGAUGAUAAAAAAUGGAAGCAUGAGAAUGGUUCUCUUAGCAUGUUUGAGCACAUGAUGAAGGCUAAUCGAUUGACUGACGAGUUUCGAAAACAUGGUCUGCAUGAUGUCGAUGAGGUAUUCAUUAAAGAACUAAUCAUUGGUGAACCGCUGGGGGAACCUACCUCGGAGGAAUGGCGAUUUAAAGGGAGAGGAAAAGAAAAAAGUUUCUUAUAUGAGAUUGUUGCCAACAAACGAACAGGCAUUGACGUUGACAAAUUCGAUUAUUUUGCACGAGACUGUCAUGGCUUAGGAAUCAAGAACAGUUUUGAUCAUGAGCGUUACAUGAAGUCUGCAAAAGUGAUACAAUGUGAAGGCGAAAAACAAAUUUGCGUCCGUGACAAAGAAGAUAAUAACCUCUAUGAGAUGUUUCACACCCGCGACAGUUUGCAUCGACGAGCUUACCAACAUAAAACGAAGAAUAUAAUUGAAAUAAUGAUCAAGGAGGCUCUUCUCAAGGCCGAUAGACAUGUACUUUUCAAAGGAAAAAAAAAGAAGUUUCCCAUUUCUAAAUGUAUUGAUGACAUGGAAGCGUAUAUAAAACUCACUGACAAUGUGUUUUACAAAAUACUUAACUCUAGCGAGCCUAAGCUGGAAGAGGCUCGUGAUAUUUUACGCAGAGUACAGUGCCGGGACCUUCACAGAUUCAUCGGAAAAAUCACUGUCAAGCCAGAAGAAAAUGAGAAGAUUUCAGAAAUCGAGGAAAGGAUGAAAAAGAAUGUGGAAAAGGAGGGCCUUCAACCCGAGGAUUUUGUGUUUGACGUGGUCAAGUUUAACUAUGGGAUGGGGGCAGAAAAUCCUAUGGACAAGGUGCGGUUUUACAGCAAAAAGAAACCAAAUGAAGCCUUUCCGUUAAGAAAGGAUCAGAUUAGCUACAUGCUUCCUGAGAAGUUUCAAGAACGCCAUAUCCGGGUAUAUUUUCGCAAGAAUGACAUUGAACUCCGAAAGAAGGCAGAGAGAUGGUUUGACCAAUGGCAGAAGAAGUAUAACGAAAAGGGAGGGGAUGCUCAGGGGGAACAGAUUCCCGUGAUUUCCCCGCAGGAGGGUGACUCAAACGCCUCGGAGGCGGGUGCCUCGAACGCCUUGCAGGAGAGUGAAAGAGGAAAAAAGGCGAAGAGAAGGAUCUCUUUUAAGGAAAGCAAAGAGAAUUUGACUUGAACACUUACAUGUUGGUGGAAGGUCCCUUAACAUUGAUCAAUAUUUGCUGAAGAAUUGCCUAUAUAACAGAUCACAAAGUAACUUAAAAUUUCGUUUUCUUUUUUUCUUAACUAAAGAAGAUGUCAGUCGAAAAAUCUACCAAUUGUUUGUGGCUGCUCUUAGUCAUCUGGGCCUCCAACUCCUCACCUUGCCCCUGUUCGUUUUGAAACGCCUUUUUUAUACUCUAUUCUUUCGUUUGAUUGUGUACACUUUGCUUAAUGAUUAUUCGAAUCACAUUUUUUGGUAUCCGUAACAAUUACAUAAUAAUCAUUGUUACGUAAGUUAAGUCGUGUCACGCGUUUGAUAAAUAAGUGUCCUGAUUAUGUCAAGUUAGUUGCUAUUUGCUGUCAAGAGAGUGCUAUCGUUCUAGGCUACAAGAUAUUUUCUGCUAUCCAAACUACCAUUUAGGAGCUUCACCAAAGUAAGUCAUGUCCUUUUCUGUGUAUGUUUCACAUGAUUUAAUAGUUACUUUGCUUUAUUGUUUUUAUCGGUUUCAUUUGUUAAGGGAUUUCGCAAAGUUUGUUAUACGAUAGAAUAAUAGAUCAUACAACAGAUUUGAUAUUGCCUUUUAGUUCGAACCACACUUAAUUAUCACAACCGCUAUCACUGCUAUAUCGCUACUACUCUAAUAAACUUUUUCUGUGGAUCAA